GUCUUGGAGGGAAUUCAGCGGAGUUUAAAUGUGGUUGUUCUUGUCUUAAAGGAAACCAGCUCCUCUGCCUCUUCCUCAACCCGUCCCUCAUUAUAUAACACAAGGAUCAGAGCUGCUUGACAAACACUCGCACCUAGCAAACAGCUAUAUGCAACCAAGUGGAGAGAUCCAAUCCACCAACAUAUACUGAUCGCUCUCUGUUCGCACGGCAUACCAUCUUACCAAGCGAGAUCAGAACCUGAGCGGUGGCCGUGACGAUGAGCAGGAACAAUGGCAAGGCGUCGAAGCUGGAGUUCCUCAGGCUGGGCCUGUCGAGGGCACGGGGCGGUCCUUCGUCGACGACGGCACGACCGGGCGGGGACAACGGCAACGGCAACACGGCGUCGCCGCGCCGGGUGUCGUCCUCGUCGUCGUCCACCGCGUCGCCGCCGAGCUCGUGCGUGUCGUCCGAGGGCAGCCCGGAUACGGCUGCGCCCGGCGGCGCGGCGCCCAUGGUCCUGGCCGGGUGCCCACGGUGCAUGAUGUACGUGAUGCUGUCCCGGGAGGACCCCAGGUGCCCCAGGUGCCACAGCGCCGUGCUGCUCGACUUCAACGACGGCGACCAGCGCCUCCCGCGGCAGCGCCGGUGAAACCACACGUGACCGAGCUGAUCUGAUCGAUCGAAUAGUCUGCUGAGCUGAGUUCUUGCCUUCAAGUCCGUCGGCGUCGGCGUCGUAGCUUUACCAUUUGUGAUCGAGUUUGUUUGGGUUACGAAAGGAAUUAUUGCAUAGACCUGUUUCUUCCGCGCGUUGCGCUGUCAAAGGGAUCGGUCUAGGUAAUAAUUUCGUGUUUUAGUAUGUGAUGUGCAAGUGUUCUGUUGAGAAAUUAUGUGCAUCAAGUCUGUUCUGCGAUGAAAAUUAUGAACAUUUUAAUUGAAGUUAUGUUCUU